CUGUCUGAUUUAUUUUGCGGCGGGUAAAUUGAAUUCUUUGGUUACGCGCCAUUGACGGUUUGUUCACCGGCUUUCUUCCAAAGUGAACCUACUGAUUCUUUGGAUUAUAUACUCUGUCAAGUACUUCUAAGAGUCUAUUGUGAAUAACUCCCACAUAUAUAUAUAAUAUAUAUGGGUCGACGUCGAAGUACCAAUAAACCACCACCGAAACGAAAGCCUAUAGUACCACUGGAUAAAGUCUUCAACUGUCCAUUUUGUAAUCAUGGUCGGUCAUGUGAAGUUGUUUUACGUCGUGACAAUUGUAUUGGAUAUAUCAAGUGUACUAUAUGCUUGGAAGACUUUCAAACAAAAAUAAAUUAUCUAAGUCAAGAAAUCGAUGUUUACAAUGAUUGGAUUGAUGCCUGUGAAGAAGCAAAUGCCUGACUGAGGCAUAUAUAUUGAUUUCCUCUUAUUAUUUUUUCUAUUAAUAACGAAUAAAUUAUACGUGUGUGCAUUCUACACACAUAUCAAAUUUACCACGGCAGUAUUAUAUUGUACAAGAAGAAAUCUGUGAUCACCCAAUCAUGGUGACCGGUAUGAUACCUAUUUAAAAUGAUCUCUCGCUGUAACUAACUGUCUAAAAAUAAUGUAUAUAUAUAUUCUUGUUUGACUUAUGGACAUAAUAAAGUGUAUAUUAUUUAUUC